CUCUCCUUCUUCCAAAAGAGAACUGAUUCGGCUCAUACUGCGCAUUCUGAACUUGGAAGGAGGGAAGGACCAGUUACAAGCUCGAGCAUCCCCUUCCAGCCCCAUGAAGCCCACCGACAUGGCUAAAGAAGGAACGGAGAUGACAGAGGAAACUGAGCACAUGAUAGAGAAGAAUGGAGCAAAAGAAACAGAACAUGUAGUAUCUGCAGGAGAUACCAAAGAAAUGCGAGCCGUAAUACUUUCCGGUUUCGGGGGUCUCAACAAACUCCGGGUAACCAAGAAGGCGAUGCCUGAGCCACAAGAGGGAGAAGUGAAAAUUCGCGUCAAAGCAUGUGGCUUGAACUUCCUGGAUCUUAUGGUGCGUCAAGGUAAUAUUGACAAUCCUCCGAAAACUCCACUUGUCCCUGGAUUUGAAUGUUCUGGAAUAGUUGAGGCGAUGGGAGGAAACACCAAGGGAUUCGAGAUAGGAGACCGGGUUAUGGCUUUUGUAAAUUACAACGCCUGGGCAGAGGUGGUUUGCACACCGCUGGAUUACGUCUAUAACAUGCCUGAUGAUAUGACAUUUCCUGAGGCAGCGGCCUUCUCCAUGAACUUCGUGGCUGCCUACAUGAUGCUGUUUGAGGUUGCCAAUCUCAGAGAGGGGAUGUCAGUAUUGGUCCACUCAGCAGGGGGGGGUGUGGGUCAAGCUGUGGCUCAGCUGUGCUCCACUAUACCCAGCGUGACCGUGUUUGGAACGGCCUCAUCUUUCAAACAUGAAUCCAUCAAAGACUCUGUGACCUACCUCUUCGACAGAAAUGCUGAUUAUGUACAAGAAGUUAAAAAGAUCUCUCCAGAGGGAGUGGACAUCGUCCUGGACUGUCUGUCUGGGGAGAACACUGGUAAAGGCCUCGGUCUGCUGAGACCUCUGGGAACCUACAUCCUCUACGGCUCAUCAAACAUGGUGACCGGGGAAACAAAGAGUUUCUUCAGCCUUGCAAAAUCUUGGUGGCAGGUUGAGAAGGUGAACCCUAUUAAACUCUACGAGGAGAACAAGGUCAUUGCUGGAUUCUCGCUGCUCAACCUCCUGUUCAAGCAGGGCAGGUGUGGGCAGGUGAAAACGGUGGUGGAGAAACUGUUCUCCCUCUACAACCAGAAGAAGAUCAAACCUGUGGUUGACUCCCUUUGGGCACUGGAGGAGGUAAAAGAAGCCAUGCAGAGGAUCCACGACAGAGGCAACAUAGGAAAGCUAAUCCUGGAUGUGGAGAAGUCUCCCACUCCUUUGAUGGCCAGUGACAGCACAGAGACCAGUGAGGCUGGUGAGGAGGAGGAGGAGCAUGAAGGGGACAGUGACAACAAGGAGCGCAUGCCUUUCAUCCAGUAGGCCCAGGUACGGUACCACAACUGGCCUGGACACCUCAAAGGAAGGAGAUGGAGCGGGGGAUUAGUUCCAUAACAGAUGACUCCACAACCCGAACUACGCACCGUGAACUCAAACCUUUGUACAGUAUGUGAGUGUAUGUUUGUGUGCUUGUGUGUGGGUUUGUUGUCUUUUGUUAUGUAAGAUGUUUGAAAGACAUAUGGAAACUCAUAAGACACUGGUUGUCAAAGUUGCCCAUCAGCUAAAGUGCCAUUCACUAUCCAGUAUUAUGAUGAGCAUUGUGUUGCUGAACAAAUGAUGUUAAAAGAUGCUUAGACCUAUCUGCAGCCUCGUCAUUGUUCAUUGUGUUCUAUGGCAACCUUAACAAGGGAGCAAAGUAGGAAUGGAGUGAAUAAGGGGUUGAUUAUAUUGCUUUUAGGGAAAAUACGAGAGUGAGUGAUUGAGUGUUAAAGAGAACAGUAAGUGAGUGAGAGUGAACCAGGCACAUAAGUGAUAUUGACCAUGCUUGUACUCCUGUCUUGAUGGUUGAAACAAGAGGGAAACUAGGAGGGUGGGUGUUAGAGUAAACAUCUCCUCUAAGCUAUAUUCCCCUUUCUCUUUUACCACUAUUAUGAUGACUCAGAAGUGAGAUUCAUUUUGGCUGCUUCAUGAACACUAGUCACUCUGAUCACCCCAUUACCACUGAAUACACAGCAAACCCAGAGCAGAUUGGCCCUGGGCUAUUUACCUCCACCUGCUGCAGUGAGUCUAUCAAAAUUACUCUCUGAGAUCGUUUCUCACCCUCCUCUCUCAGGUUAUCUUCAGCAGUGUGUGAGCUAGGAGAGAGUAUUAUGAAAUGCCACUGUAAAUGCCUGCUACCAUGUUUACCGACACAUUAGAGAUCCAACCUUCUGCGAUGUUGUUAUGGAAUCACCAGUGCCUUUGAGCUAGAAGUCUGCAGCAGUCUUGUAGAAGAUUUCAGUAUUUGAAUUGUACCCAUUCCACAAACACUAAAUUUCAUGGUGGUUAGGCCAAAUGACAGGCAGAAUUCUGAGUGUGUUUCCUACAUUUCUGCAACUAAUAAAAAUAAGAAUGAUAAUGUCAGCUUUUGGCCUCAUCCAUAGUCCACAUUUCAGACAAACAAUGCAGAGAGAAAUGGCAUGGUGGUCAGGUAAUGAUGAUGAUUAACCACACCCGUUUCUGUUUAGUCUGUGUUCUUUAUGUGUGUGUGUAAGAAGUUGUGUUACAUUUACUGGCUGGUGCCUGUGUAUAGUGUACAAUGCCUCCCAAACAGAGUGCCAAUGAGAGGGAGGACUAAAGACACAUUCACUUACAGAUGAGCUGAUGGGCCAUCAAGAAUGGAAGUACUAUUGCUGUGGAUACCACAGGACAGGAGUUAUUCGUAUCAGAUGUUACCAUCUCAUGUGAGAUGGAGUAUGACAACUGUAUUGUGCUAACAGUAUUAUCCAUAUGGAAAGUGUGAAAUCAAUCAUCCAACGUACAAAGCUAUUUAUUCAUUAAAAUAUGAAACUACCAUUGAUGGUACGGAGAUGAAAGCUAUUCAAUCGCCUUGUUAUAAACAGUAAAUCUAGCUAAGGCAGCUACAGUGCCUUGCGAAAGUAUUCGGCCCCCUUGAACUUUGCAACCUUUUGCCACAUUUCAGGCUUCAAACAUAAAGAUAUAAAACUGUAUUUAUUUGUGAAGAAUCAACAACAAG